AUGCAGGUCAACGGGGGGUCCGACUGUUCCCGGGCCGUGGUGCCCGCCCGCACCAACCCCACAGAUUUGAGCGGUGGUGUAUGCAGCUACACGUGGACGCAGGGGACACACCAGCAGACCUUCAGCUCAGUCUCCACCCAACAAGAACCACUUGGGCACUCAGGAGAAGAAAGCAACCUUUCCUUGAGAAUGGCUACUACAACCACCGGUGGAACCAGGGACUCCAACUUGCCUCCGGCUAGCUUGCCUCGGGACCAGCAGCGUCAACUGGACCAACAUGGCGGGGCGAUCAGUGGUUCCCAAUCCACCGACAUUGGCUAUCUCAAGAAACUCGUCUCGGAGUUGUCGUUGAAGAUUGAAAACUUGGAAAAGCAAGCUAGUUCGGCUAUCUCGGAAACCAUCAAGCCAUCACCAGCCGAUCAGCUUCGACUUGUUUUAAUGGGACCACCUGGCUCUGGUAAAGGGACCCAAGCCCCUAGGAUCAAGGACAAGUACUGCGUAUGUCAUUUGGCCACUGGCGAUAUGCUACGUGAUCAGGUAUCCAAGGGAACUGCCCUCGGCAAAGAGGCCAAGAAAAUCAUGGAUGGUGGGGGCUUGGUCAGCGAUGAAAUCAUGGUCAACAUGAUCAAAGACCAACUCGAGAGCAACAAAGAUUGUGCCAAAGGCUUCAUCUUGGACGGCUUCCCUCGAACGAUUGCGCAAGCCGAAAAGUUGGACGAGAUGUUGGCGAACAAGAAGCAAAACCUCGACCUGGCAGCCGAGCUAGUGAUCGAUGAUAACCUCCUAGUUAGCCGAAUCACUGGCCGUCUUAUCCAUCCAGCCAGUGGUCGGUCUUACCACCGAGAGUUUGCUCCGCCAAAAUCUCCCAUGAAGGAUGACAUCACUGGGGAACCCUUGAUCGCCCGAUCGGAUGACAACGCAGACACCUUGCGAAAACGUCUUCUGGGAUACCACAAGCAGACCGAUCUCGUCGCCCAAUACUACAAGAAGCGCGGGAUCUGGGUCGGCGUAGAUGCUGCCCAGAGCCAAACUACCGUUUGGAAUAGUCUCUUGGCCGCCUUCAAGAAAUGCCACGAGCAACAAAAACAAGAAGCCCGAAAAUAA